AUGCCAUCAUCCAGCAUUCUUUUCCCACAGUUCUUCCUGCCCCUGGAGUCCCUUAAGCUGGGCCGCUUCACUAUUAGCAUAAGCUACCCACACCAAGAUUACCAUGAUCCGCCGUGUGCAGGCGUCCGAGAGACCAUCGUUUCAUCUCGAGAAGACUUCAGUGGUUCAAAAAUUGGAGAUUCUCGCGCCGGGUUUAAAUCCACGCUUGUUUCCUUCAUGUCGUCUGGCAUCUCAAAACGACUGAACACGGAGAUCCGCAUCACUGCGGAGCAAGUGACGACAUACAUGCUCGGAAACUCUGCUCAAUGGUUUGCAGAGGCCAUGAGCUUAGAAUUAACCAGAAAAUGGGUUGAAAUGGCCAUUGAUCAGGGCGACGAUAUAUACGUCAUCGUUGGCUUUCACACCGUAUCAAAUGCUUGCAUUUCCGAAGAGUCUGUGCAAGGAAAGGCAGUGUCAGGUCAGAUCAAGAUACCCCUUGGCCUCAAUUUUGCUGCUAUUGGUAGCGUUUUACCGUUCGCAAACAUCGCGGAUCCUCGUGUUGCUGGUCAUCACCAGGUCAUUGAAGGAAGGCAGGCGCAAUAUGCAGUACCUGGAGAACAAGUCUGCGCGCUGCAGUUCCGCAAAGUUCGUUACCGAUGGCUUUCGAGCAAGGCUAACAAGGCAUUCCUGUCCAAGAACCCCAGGUGGGUUUGCUACGAGAGAUCUCGAGACGAAGAAGAGGGAGAAGAAGACAUGAUUGAAGUUGAGAUGACAGAGUUGGACGAGCCGGAUACCGACUGGGACAGGGGCGUGUCUUCGGAGGGAGAUGUCUUGCUUCUACACCCUCUCGAAUGA